UAUUUCCGGUUUGGGCUGAUGCCGGAAGUGCUUUAUUGGAUAACUUCCGGUGGAGUUCUGGCUAGGAGAAGGGGCAGUUCAAGAUGGCGGCCCACAUGUCCCGGUGCAGAACCUGGAGUCGUGUCCAAAGGUUCGGAAUAGCAGCAUACAGAAAGUACAGCAGCAGCGGCGGAGGAUACCCAAACAUCUCACUUUCCUCCCCGCUGCCGAGCAUCCCCAAGCCCGUCUUUGCAUCCGUGGACGGCCAGGAAAAGUACGAAACUCGAAUCACCACAUUAGAAAAUGGUCUUAAAGUUGCUUCCCAGGACAAGUUUGGGCAGUUCUGCACAGUCGGAAUAUUAGUCAACUCUGGAUCCAGACAUGAAACAAAGUACUCGAGUGGGAUAGCACACUUUUUGGAAAAACUUGCUUUUUCUUCCACAGCUCAGUAUGGGAGUAAAGAUGAAAUUCUCCUGACCUUGGAGAAACAUGGAGGGAUAUGUGACUGCCAAACGUCAAGGGACACCACGAUGUACGCCGUAUCGGCCGAAGUCAAGGGCCUGGACACGGUGGUCAGUCUCCUAUCGGACGCCGUCCUGCAGCCUCGCCUGCUGGACGAGGAGAUCAGUAUGACGAAGAUGGCGGUCCGUUUCGAGUUACAGGACCUGAGCAUGCGGCCCGACCCUGAGCCUUUACUCACGGAGAUGAUCCACGCUGCCGCAUAUCGAGGCAACACGGUGGGACUCCCCCGUUUCUGUCCCGUGGACAACGUGGACAAGAUCGACCAGAAGGUGCUGCACCGCUACCUCGCCAGCUACUACUGCCCCGAGCGCAUGGUGCUGGCGGGCGUGGGCAUCGAACACGAGCAGCUGGUGGAGUGCGCCCGCAAGUAUCUGCUGGGCGUGAAGCCCGUGUGGGGAGAGACCAUGGCAGCCGAUGUGGACCUGUCUGUGGCGCAGUACACCGGCGGCAUUGUCAAGAUGGAGAAAGACAUGUCUGACGUGAGCCUCGGCCCCACCCCAAUCCCGGAGCUGACGCACAUCAUGAUCGGCCUGGAGAGUUGCUCCUUCCUGGAGGAAGACUUUAUCCCGUUUGCCGUCCUCAACAUGAUGAUGGGCGGAGGCGGCUCCUUUUCAGCGGGAGGACCCGGGAAAGGCAUGUUCACACGCCUCUACCUCAACGUCCUCAACAGGCACCACUGGAUGUAUAACGCCACUGCCUACCAUCACAGCUACGAGGACACGGGCCUGCUGUGCAUCCACGCCAGCGCAAACCCCAGACAGGUGCGAGAGAUGGUGGAGAUAAUAACGCGAGAGUUCAUUCAGAUGGCAGGAAACCCAGGAGAGAUGGAGCUCGAACGAGCCAAGACGCAACUCAAGUCCAUGCUGAUGAUGAACCUGGAGGCCAGGCCGGUUGUUUUCGAGGACGUGGGCCGCCAGGUUCUGUCCACAGGAAAGCGGAAGCUGCCUCAUGAGCUGUGUGCACUAAUAAGCGACGUGAAAGCGAGCGACAUCAAGAGAGUGACCACCAAAAUGAUGCGCAGCAAGCCGGCCGUGGCGGCACUGGGAGACCUGGCGGAGCUGCCUUCUUACGAACAUAUCCAGGCCGCCCUGUCCAGUAAGGAUGGACGGCUGCCUCGCAUGUAUCGUCUCUUCCGGUAAAGACGCCCCUUGGACAAGCAUGUAAAUACAACACACACA